UCUGACAUUUUUGCAGUACCCAAAAACUCCUACCCUUCUCAGCUUCUCUCUCUUCUCCUCCUCCUCUUUUGUUAACCCCAGAGAUGCUAAGUCACUUGUGGCAAGAACAGUUCAUGAAGAUUUCAUCAAUGCUUCUCCAACUGAUCUCUCUUCUUUGUUUACUCCCCCAAUUUGUUCAAUCCACAACAAUAUUAGUUGAUGGUGUUUCAGAGUGGAAAGAUCCGAGUGUUCAUGUAGGAGACACUGUCAUUUUUGAGCACAAGUACCACAACAACCUUUACAUCUUCAAGAACCAGAAUGCGUUCAAUCUCUGCAAUUUCACUCAAUCAACACUCCUUACAAAACCCUACAUCACCUCCUACACGUGGCACCCAUCACGCACUGGUUUCUUCUAUUUCACAUUCAACAAUGGGUCUUUCAAAACAUGUCAAGACUCGCAAAAACUUGCUGUAAAGGUCUUCGCUUUACUAUCUCCAGCCUCUGCUCCGUCAUCAACGACGACACCGGAUCCUGGUGGACUGGUGUCAUCCUCCCAUGCCUAUCCUUGGCCGUCAAAGCCUCGAGAGGCGGCUUCAUCUGGUCCUGCACCCACCAUUGCACCAUCUCCUCUGACAGUCCCAAAUUUGGUACCAAGUAAAGGACAUGGAAUACCAUUCAUAUAUAGCAAUCCUGCUGUUCCUCUGCCUACUGGUGAAGUAGACUCUGCCACUAUUCGUCCCCUGCCCACAUCUGGAACUAAACAGGUGGUGGUGGUGGGGUUAGUUGCAGUACAGAUGGGUCUAUUUUGUGCUGUAACUCUGUUGUUGCUGUAGAAAAAACAAGAGAGAAAGAGACAGAGCAAGAGGCAGAGGCAGAGUGUGAAUUGCAUUUUGUGUAGGAAAUGAGAGUGGCAUAGGGUGAUGUGCACUGUGCACACCAGGUAGUGUGGUUAAUUAAAGUAGGUUUAAGGAUGAUGAUUAUGUAUGCAUAAAUAUGGUUGUAAUCCUCUUUGGAGGACCUACUUUGGAAUCAUUGCCACUUUAGUCUUGCCAUUGAAAUUGAGUACACCACUGCUCUUUUCUUU